UGGUUGUAUUUGUUUGUAUUUUGAGUUUUGUAUUUAAUGAAUGAGAGGAUUUUUCAGAAAAUAGUAGUUUAAGUGCAGUAAACUGUUAUGUGACAGUUACAAUUAAUAAUAAGCAAUCCUCAAUUAUGUCCUCCGAAAUUAUAAGGAAUUGUAUUUUACAAAUUAACCCCAAACUUUAUUGUUGUCGUUUAUGUUCAGACACAAAAUACAGUAAAGGAAUAAAUCUCGUUGAAAAUUUACAUAUUUUAAAGUUGCUGGAGUAUUGUGUUGGAUUCACAGUAAACAUUGAAUAUACUUCACAUGUCCUAUGUUUGAAAUGUAAGGAGAAAAUUGAAGAAUUUGUGGAGUUUAAAAAACAGUGUGAAAAAUCUGAAACCCUUUGGAAAAAGUACCCAAUUGUGAACAUUCCUAAAUUAGCUGAUGAAAAAAAUCAUAGUGAUUUAUCAAUAUUAAUAAAACAAAAUAAGGCUGAAACGGAGCAAGAGUGUGAAGAAUUAAAUACCGACGAAGGUUUUGAAGGUUUAAAUGAAAUUUCUUACGAUACAAAAUAUUUCACACCAAAUCAAACACCAUUGAUUGAUACCAAAGUGGAAACAUGUUUAAAAAAUUAUAUAGAUGAUACAUUUGAUAAAGUCAAGUGUGAAAAUAAUACCAAAACAUAUGCAUGUACAAAGUGUAAGAAAAAAUAUAGUACGCAUAAAUUGCUGCAGUCUCACAAAAGAAAGAAAUGUUUCAAGACCAAUGUAAAAAGCAAACAUCAUCCUAGUGGAAUAAUAGAAAAUAAAGUUGAAAAACUAUCUACCAAUGAAUGUGGUUUAUGUGAUACACCAUUAAGUAGUGAUGUCAAUGAACAUAUACGGAACCAUCAUUGGCUCAAUAAUAAUAAUUUGCAGUGUGGUUUAUGUAACUAUUGCGGUAAAGAUUUUGCUCACUUGGUUACCCACAGAUACACCCACUGUCCAAAUAAUGCGAGACUAUAUUGUAUCGCGUGCAGCAAAAGAAGUGUUUCCAUGCUAGCAUUGCAAUACCACUUCAGGUCGGUGCAUUUGCAGAAACCGGGCGGAUACUGCACCUAUUGUGAUAAAACUUUCAUCAAGUUCAGGACAUGGAAGAAGCACCAUCGGAUGCAUACGGAGAAUAACAAGCUGCACGUAUGCGAUAUCUGUGGUAAAAAGUUUUUGUACAGGCAUGAAAUCAAAGAGCACCUAAUCUGGCACUCGGAAGUGCGCCAGUAUGUUUGCGAUACCUGCGGGAAGGGCUUCAGGAGGGCUUCCGCUUUGAAGGAUCACAUCUACAACAUACACGAAACGAGGCAGCCAGUGAAAUGUGAACAUUGCGAUAAAGUGUACAAGUGUGAAAACAAACUGAAAAUUCACCUAAGAAACGUAGCUGCUGAAAAACCUUUUAUAUGCGAGGUGUGCUCGAAAGAGUUCCACACUGAGACUGUCUUGAGAAAGCAUAUGUUCUGGCAUACUAACGAGAGACCAUUUAGUUGCGCAGUGUGCGGGUUGACUUAUAAAGCCAAGGGAGUGCUGAAAGUGCAUAUGAGGAAACAUUCGGGCGAGUCGCCUUACGUCUGUGCCGUUUGUUGUAAGGCUUUUCGAUCUAGCAACCAGCUGAAAGUCCAUUCAAGCGUCCACACUGGUGUCCGUCGCCACAAGUGUACCCAUUGUGAGAAAUCUUUUCAUUCCAAGAAGGACCUGCUGCUACAUGAUGUCCAACACAAGAAUAUUGAUGUAAAGCUAGAGCCCAAGUGUGAAAUAAACAGCAAAAUAGUCUCACGUUGACUUCUAUUGGUGUAUUAGUAAAACUACAAAUAUACAAGCGUACUCUUUGUCAUUCAGUUAUCGACGCCUGAGUUUUAUUGUCUGUCAGUAAUAUCGCUAUCUUUAUCAUAUUAUGAGGCAACUUUUAUGCUAAUUGUAUGUAACAAAAAUAAAUGAGGUUGAAUAAAU